CAACACGAGUCAUUUUGAACUACAAUUCCCAUGAAGCAACACCAACAGAACGCAACAUGGCUGGCAUUGGAAAUUUUCUAAGAAAAGCUUGGAACAAGGAGCCUGUUGUGACAGCCGCCUGCGGGCUCGGGUUCCUGGCUAUUAUUGUGCCGUUGGCUAGUCCCUUCACUAAGUACACAGGGAUGAUGAACAAAGCAAUCCCAUACAACUACCCAGUUCCUGUACGAGAUGAUGGAAACAUGCCGGAUGUCCCAGCCCACCCAUGUGAUCCACAGGGCAGGAGCCUGGACUGGCUGAAAAACCUGUGAGGAAUCUCCCUGAAUCCCACUUCUGUACAGACCACAAUUCUCUCUCUCUUGCGUUCUCUGCUUUUGACUCAAUGGCUCUCAAUAAAUGUCCUUUGUUUAAAGACA